AUGCUCUCACCUCCGGAGCUGCGUGUGCAGGUCCAGCUGAUGCACCCCCAAUCCCUGCAGGACGCUUUGGAUUUAGCAGUGGAGAUACCUCAGAUUGCAGCUGUUCAACACAUCUCACCUCAGACCAACCAGAUUGCUGCCGCAACGGCCCCCACACCUACAAACCCUAUACUCCCAGUGUGGGUGCCUCAUGAGACAGAAGAUGCAUCGAUUACCAUGGUGCGGAAGAUCUGGGCAGAGAACUGCAGGGGUUUGGAUGCCCAGCAGCAAGAACUGCUCAUGGACUUUAAGGACAGCUUUGCUCUGAGUGAAGACCAGGUGGGUCGGACUCAGCUGAUGGACCGGGUGCUGGCUGACAUCCCUCGCCAAGAGUGCCUGGUGUACCUGGAUGACAUACUGGUCCAUGUCACCUCUUUUGCAACGGCUCUGGGCUCACUCUGGGGAUGCAGUUACUGUGACCGGAGGGAGAGGCUGGAGGAGGAACAGCUGCAACGCAGCCAGCCAGGAUCAUGCCAGGGUGACUCCGUAAUCUGCAGGGAGAUGCAGGCGGUUGGCACAGACAGCUGGAGGCAUCAACAGGAACAGGAUCCUGACAUCCAGCCUGUGUUGCAGUGGGUGGAGAGUCAACUGAAGCUGUCAUGGGAGGAGGUUGCUGGGUUCUCGCUGGCAACUAAAGGAUUGUGGUCCAAGUUUGAGGCUCUGCAUCUGGAAGAUGGGGUGCUGCAAAGGGCAUGGAAAGACCCCGCCACAGGUGAGGAGCGAUGGCAGAUUGCCAUGCAUGGAGGCCUGCAGGCCAUGCAUGGAGCAACUGGGUCUGGACAUUUUGGAGUCACAAAAACACUCCACCACCUCCAGCAGAGGUUUUACUGGGGCCGGUGCAGGAGGGACGUGGAGGACUUUUGCCGCUGCUGUGACCCCUGUACAGCACAGACACUGCUGUCAGACGUGCCUUUGUGUUGCAUGGAUACCUACAGGUGGGAGAUCCUGACUUUAGAACUGCUGGUAAAGCACGGAGACGGCUCCGUCAGACUGCUGGUGGCUGGCGGCUUUCAGCAGAGGUACAUCUUGGAGAGCUACAUCUUUCCUUUCUUCAUUUCCUCCUGUCCUCUCCCUCUCUCUCUCAUCUCUCCCUUCAUCCGCCUUACCCCACCUUUCCAUCCUCAUCUCUCUCCUCUUCCCACUUUGUCCGUCCUCCCACCCCCUGGCCAUCUCUACCUCAGUAUCCCUCUCUCACCUCUCUAUCACUCUCUCACAGAUGCUACAUCACACCACACAGUCUCCCUCCUUCAUUCUCUCCCUCUCUUCUAUCCAUCUGCUCUCUGCUCUCUCAUUCGCUCCACCAACUCCUCGCCAGCUGUCAGUUCUUUUACCGUGGCGGAGCAACAACUGGCUUCUUCCGUGGUUGGUACAGAAGAGAGAGAGAGAGAGAGAGAGAGAGAGAGAGAGAGAGAGAGAGAGAAGGUAAAAGAAGAGAAGAUCUUUUGUUCAGCAUCCGUUCGCAGCAACUCAUCCCUCUGUGUGAGCAGCAGCUGCAGCAUCAGGACCACCGCUCCGCUGCUGGAUCCUCCGACUCCUUUCUCCUCUGGGAGAGCUUCCUGGAAAUGGGAGGGGGAGGGUGAUCGCAACCCCCCAGUUAGCUGUGGACCCUCAGGAAGGCAUCUGCAGGAGGGGAGAAGGAAUGAAGGGGGAGUGAAUUUUAAAAGAGAUCUAUCUGGAGAGCUGGGGGAGCUGAGGGGAGGCAACACCCGGGUAGAUGGGAGCAGAGACGAGGCCGACUUGCAGGUCCUGUCCUCUCGCCCUCGGUGGAUUUUCCCAGCAUGCCUUUGGCUCUCAGCUUCUCUUCCUCCCAGAUGCCGAGCCGGGAGGAAGAGGAGGAGUUUGGACCCAAGCUGCCGCCUCCUUCAGCAGCUGACGCCACAGGAGGCGCCAUCGCCGCCUACCAGAGGAGCAGCAGGAGGAGCAAAGAGAAGAAGCAGAAGAAGAAGCAGCAGAAACACAGGAAGGAGAAGAAGGUAG